AUGGCAUGGACAUGUUCGGGUCGCACGAAUGCGGAGUUGAUUACUAAUAUGUGGGAUGCGAACUUGAUACAGAGUGAGAGGAUAGACCGCGGCCACUACACUCCCUCUCGCCAUCUCGCCUACGAAGAUUCCCCCCAAUCCAUCGGCUUUUCUGCCACAAUUUCCGCUCCUCAUAUGCAUGCCUCUGCUCUCGAACAUUUAUCCCCAUAUCUGGGAGAGGGGAAAAGAGUACUGGAUGUAGGGAGUGGAAGUGGAUAUCUAACCGCUGUUCUGGCAGAACUUGUAUUUCCAUCCUCUUCUUCGCAUUCCUCGAGUCAGGUUCCUGGAGAGGUUAGAAGAAGUAGGGAGAUGGGAAAGGUAGUGGGAUUGGAACAUAUACGAGCAUUGAAAGAUUUAGGAGAAUUCAAUAUGCGGAAGAGUGAAAAGGGAAGAAAGUGGUUGGAGGAGAAAGUAGAAUUUGUGGUUGGGGAUGGUAGAGAAGGUUGGAUCGAUAUAAAUGGGGAAGCGGAUUGGGAUGCUAUACAUGUUGGAGCUGCAGCGAAGGAAAUUCAUGAGGCGUUAAUCGAGCAGUUGAGGUGUCCUGGGAGAAUGUUCAUACCAGUCCAAGACUCCAGAGGAUCAGGCCAACAUAUCUGGGUAGUGGAUAAAGAUCGAGAAGGAAAAAUUUCAAAGGAAAAAUUUGUAAACGAAAAGUAG